AUGCAGAGUGCUUCUACAAACAUUUCUGAAAGAAUGGGCCGCUCUCAGGAGCUCAGUGAAUUCAAACGUGGUACCAUGAUAGGUUGCCACCUGUGCAAUAAGUCCAUCCAUGAAAUUUCCUUGCUACUAAAUAUUCCACGGUCAACUGUUAGUGGUAUUAUAACAAGGUGGAAGCAACUGGGAACAACAGCAACUCAGCCACGAAGUGAGCAGGGUCAGCGCAUGCUGAAGCGAACAGUGCGCAGAAGUCACUCAUCUGUCAUCUGUCUGCAGAGUCAGUAGCUAGAGACCUUCAUUGGCCUUCAGAUUAGCACAACAUUAGUGCGUAGAGGUCUUCUGCAAUGGAUUUCCUUUGCUGA